GUUCCCCCUUCUUCACGAAGCCUUGUUUAUCCAGAAUUUGGUUUUCUUUUAUUAACAAACAAUAAUAUGUUUACUUUUACCCAAUAAGAUGCAUUAAUUUUAAUAUUAAGCAAUUGGGAUUUUUUUUUUUUUUCUUUUUGACCGGGCCGUAGGUUUUGGAUUAUUGGACGGUAAUUCAGAUACUUGUUCAUCAAGGAUGUGAGCUUGUUUUUAAAGCAGCUCAGGAGUCGAUACAAUUAGAUAAGAAAGCAGAAGAGGGGUUGCUCUUUUCUAAUUUUCAACAGCCAUUUUCAUCUUUUCUGCAAAUUAAGAGGUUGGAGCUCGGCAAUGGCCGUGGAGAAUGCCCCAAAUGGGGAGACACGGUUACAAGAGGCCAGCACAUUAAGUAGCCAGGAGGAUACCGGAAAAGGCACUGGAGCAAAUGGGGAAAAUCAAGAAUCGGAGAAGAGCAGCAAAGUCAAUGAGAAAACCAACACGGUUCCAUUAUACAAGCUGUUCUCUUUUGCAGAUUCAACCGAUUAUUUCUUAAUGAUUGCCGGUACAAUUGGAGCCGUUGCAAACGGUUUAGGAAUGCCCCUUAUGACCAUACUGAUGGGAAAACUCAUUGACUCUUUUGGGCUGAACCAGAACAACGGCCAGGUUGUUCAUGUGGUCUCUAAGGUCGCUUUGCAAUUUGUGUACCUGGCAGUGGGGACUGCUGUUGCAGCAUUUACCCAGGUAACUUGCUGGAUGAUCACAGGGGAAAGACAGGCUGCUAGGAUAAGGAGCUUGUACUUGAAGACCAUACUGAGACAAGAUGUUACUUUCUUUGAUGUGGACACAAACACCGGAGAGGUUGUGGGGAGGAUGUCCGGUGACACUGUUCUCAUACAAGAUGCCAUGGGUGAGAAGGUUGGGAAAUUCAUCCAGCUGGUAUCAACAUUCAUUGGGGGUUUUAUAAUUGCAUUUGUCAAGGGAUGGCUUCUUGCACUCGUCAUGUUAUCUUCUAUCCCUCUUCUUGUCACAGCUGGUGGAACCAUGGCCCUCAUGCUUUCCAAGAUGGCAUCCCGUGGACAAAAUGCUUAUGCAAAAGCAGCAAUUGUAGUUGAACAGACAAUUGGUUCUAUCAGAACGGUCGCGUCUUUCACUGGAGAGAAGAAAGCCAUACGUGACUAUAAUAAGUUUCUUGUUACUGCUUACAAAUCAGGUGUUUUUGAAGGUUUUAUUGGUGGUCUUGGUCUUGGUACACUUAUGUUCAUCUUUUUCUGCACUUAUGGUCUGGCUGUCUGGUUUGGUGGGAAAAUGAUUUUGGAGAAAGGAUAUACUGGUGGUCAAGUGCUUAAUGUGAUUGUCGCUGUUUUAACUGGUUCCAUGUCUCUCGGGCAGGCAUCUCCUUGCAUGAAUGCAUUUGCAGCUGGUCAAGCUGCAGCUUGCAAGAUGUUUGAGACUAUUGAAAGGAAGCCUGCAAUAGAUUCUUAUGACAAAAGGGGGAAAGUAUUGGAAGAUGUUCGUGGGGACAUAGAGCUGAAGGAUGUUUAUUUCAGUUACCCUGCCAGACCUGAUGAGCAAAUAUUUAGUGGAUUCUCUCUUUUCAUUCCAAGUGGCACAACAGCUGCCCUGGUCGGACAAAGUGGAAGUGGAAAAUCAACAGUGAUCAGUCUAUUAGAGAGAUUUUAUGAUCCACAAGCUGGUGAAGUUCUUAUUGAUGGCAUUAAUCUCAAGGAGUUUCAGCUAAAAUGGAUAAGAGGAAAGAUUGGUCUCGUCAGCCAGGAACCUGUGUUGUUUACUGGUAGUAUCAAAGAUAAUAUUGCGUAUGGAAAGGAAGGUGCAACAAUUGAAGAGAUUAGAGCUGCCGCUGAACUUGCAAACGCUUCCAAAUUCAUAGACAAACUACCUCAGGGACUUGACACUAUGGUUGGUGAGCAUGGCGCACAGCUUUCUGGUGGACAAAAGCAGAGAGUGGCAAUAGCAAGAGCAAUUCUCAAAGACCCGCGGAUUUUGCUUUUAGAUGAAGCUACAAGUGCACUAGAUGCAGAAUCUGAGAGGAUAGUGCAAGAGGCAUUAGAUAGGGUUAUGGUCAAUCGAACCACUGUGAUUGUUGCUCAUCGUUUGAGCACUAUCAAAAAUGCAGAUAUGAUUGCUGUCAUUCAUCGAGGAAAGAUGGUUGAAAAAGGAACACAUGCAAAACUACUAAAGGAUCCCGAUGGAGCUUACUCUCAGCUUAUUCGUUUACAAGAAGUAAAUAAAGAUUCAAUUCAGGCAACAGAGAACAAAAGCAAAUCAGAGAUUACUUCAGAAUCAUUUAGACAAUCAAGCAUGAGAUCAUUAAGGCGGUCAAUCAGUCGAGGAUCAUCCUUGGGACACAGCAGCCAUCACUCAUUAUCGCUUUCUUUUGGCUUACCAGCUGGGGUAAGUAUUAUUGAUACUACAAUGACAGAUGAAGAAACCCUUUCGACAUCACCAAAAGAACACCCUCCUGUCCCACUCAGUCGUCUUGCUGCUCUCAACAAGCCAGAGAUUCCAGUUCUUAUACUUGGAACCAUAGCUGCAGCUGUCAAUGGAGUGAUAUUUCCCCUUUUUGGUACGCUAAUCUCAAAAGUAAUCAAGACAUUCUAUGAACCACCUCCUGAACUAAAGAAGGAUGUAAGAAUUUGGGCACUAAUAUAUGUGGCCCUUGGUGUAGCAACAAUAUUGGCACAUCCAGCAAGAACGUACCUCUUUGCUGUGGCCGGAUGUAAAUUAAUCCAACGAGUGAGGUCAAUGUGUUUUGAGAAAGUGGUUCAUAUGGAGGUUGGUUGGUUUGACAAACCUGCACACUCAAGCGGUUCAAUAGGUGCAAGGCUCUCAGCUGAUGCAUCAAUAGUGCAUGCUCUAGUUGGAGAGGCGCUAGGUUUACUGACUCAAAAUAUUGCAUCAGCAGUUGCUGGUUUGGUUAUUGCUUUCACUGCAAGUUGGCAAUUGGCUUUCAUUGUCCUUGCACUACUUCCUAUGAUAGGGAUUAAUGGACUCAUUCAAAUAAAGUUCAUAAAAGGGUUCAGUGCAGAUGCAAAGGUGAUGUAUGAGGAAGCAAGCCAAGUUGCUAAUGAUGCAGUGGGGAGUAUAAGAACAGUUGCUUCUUUUUGUGCUGAGGAGAAAGUGAUGGAUCUAUAUAGACAGAAAUGUGAAGGCCCUCUAAAAACCGGGAUAAAGCAGGGAUUGAUUAGUGGAGCAGGAUUUGGACUUUCUUUCUUCUUACUUUUUUCUGUUUAUGCAACUAGUUUUUAUGUAGGAGCUCAACUAGUUAAGCAUGGAAAGGCAACAUUCGCGGAUGUUUUUCAAGUUUUCUUUGCUUUGACCAUGGCAGCUAUGGGAAUUACUCAAUCAAGUGCCUUUGCUCCUGAUUCCAGUAAGGCCAAGAUAGCUGCUGCUUCCAUAUUUGCAAUUAUUGACCGAAAAUCUACAAUAGACCCAAGUGAUGAGUCAGGGACCAUAUUAGACAAUGUGAAGGGAGAUAUGGAGCUUCGUCAUGUGAGCUUUAAGUAUCCACUGAGGCCAGAUGUUCAGAUUUUUCUAGAUUUGAGCUUGUCUAUACGUGCUGGCAAGACUGUUGCUCUGGUUGGAGAAAGUGGAAGCGGAAAAUCAACUGUUAUCUCACUACUGCAGAGAUUUUAUGACCCUGAUUCAGGUUCUAUCACUCUAGAUGGUGUUGAAAUCCAAACGCUCCAGUUAAAGUGGUUGAGGCAACAAAUGGGACUUGUGAGCCAAGAACCAGUUUUGUUUAAUGACACAGUCCGAGCCAACAUUGCAUAUGGAAAGGAAGGGAAUGCAACCGAGGCUGAAAUUUUAGCUGCAGCGGAGUUGGCUAAUGCCCAAAGAUUUGUCAGUGCGCUACAACAGGGUUAUGACACCAUAGUAGGAGAGCGAGGACUUCAGUUAUCAGGUGGGCAAAAACAACGUGUAGCCAUUGCACGUGCCAUUGUUAAGAGUCCAAAGAUUUUACUACUAGAUGAGGCCACAAGUGCCUUAGAUGCUGAAUCUGAGCGAGUGGUUCAAGACGCACUAGACCGAGUCAUGGUUAAUCGCACCACAGUUGUGAUUGCUCAUCGAUUGUCCACCAUCAAGAAUGCAGAUGUUAUAGCUGUGGUAAAAAAUGGAGUUAUAGUAGAGAAAGGAAAGCAUGAGACCCUCCUAAAUAUCAAAGAUGGUUUCUAUGCCUCCUUAGUAUCACUUCACACCAGUGCUUCAACCUAGCUUUUUCCACAGAAAUCUCUCUUUUUGGGUAAAAUGAUAAAUCCUUGUAUACAAAUUAUAGGCAUUCCUCAAUUGUAUCUUAAUACUCUCUGUUCAGCUAUGUCAAAAAUUGCCCUAUAUUACUUUAUGUACCAGCUUUUUACAAUAAAUUGCUAUAUAAUAU